AUCGCUGCCGAAAAUCAACUUAGAUGACUACAAGCUGCCCGGUGAUGAUACAGAGGCGGAUAUGCAUGAGGAGCAGGCAGAUACUGACUUGGAGGACGCGGCAGAUGCUGAUGAUGAUGAUGAGCAGUUGGUGGAACAGGGACCUGCUAGCACUAAGCAACCGCUUUGGGUGCUGCCACUGUACUCGCUGCUCUCCUCUGAGAAACAACAGCGAAUCUUUCAGCCCGUGCCCGAAGGCUGCCGCCUGUGCGUGGUGAGCACUAACGUGGCGGAGACUUCACUGACCAUACCACAUAUUAAAUACGUGGUGGACUCUGGCAGACAGAAGACGCGUCUCUAUGACAAGCUGACCGGCGUGAGCGCCUUUGUGGUAACCUACACCUCCAAAGCGUGCGCUGAUCAGCGUGCAGGCCGCGCCGGUCGUGUGAGCGCUGGACACUGCUAUCGUCUCUAUUCCAGCGCUGUGUACAACGAUCUGUUCGCCGACUUUAGUCCACCGGAUAUACAGCAAAAGCCAGUGGAUGAUUUGAUGCUGCAGAUGCGCUGCAUGGGCAUAGAUCGUGUGGUGCAUUUCCCGUUUCCCACACCGCCGGAUCAGCUGCAGUUGCAAGCGGCCGAACAGCGUCUGACAGUGCUGGGUGCCUUGGAGCCACGUCGCUCCAAUGAUGACAAGCAGCCACCUGCUGUAGCCAAGCUUGGCCAUGUUAUAUCUCGAUUUCCUGUGGCACCACGCUUUGGCAAAAUGCUCGCGCUCUCCAAUCAACAGCAGCUGCUGCCGUAUACGGUCUGUCUGGUGGCCGCGCUCUCCGUGCAGGAGCUGCUCAUUGAAACGGGCGUGCAGCGUGAGGAGGAUGUGGCGCCCGUGUCCAAUAAACACCAUCAAAAGCGCCAGAGCUGGGCUGCCAGCGGCAACUACAAGCUGCUCGGUGAUCCCAUGGUGCUCCUGCGUGCUGUGGGCGCUGCCGAAUACGCAGGCUCCCAGGGCAAGCUGGCCAGCUUUUGUGAGGCCAAUGGACUGAGGCACAAAGCCAUCAGCGAGGUGCGCAAGCUGCGCGUGCAGCUCACCAACGAGAUCAAUUUGAAUGUCAGCGAUGUAGAGCUGUGCGUAGAUCCGCAGCUGAAGCCACCCAGUGAUGCGCAGGCGCGUUUUCUGCGACAAAUUUUGCUGGCGGGCAUGGGUGAUCGUGUGGCGCGCAAAGUGCCGCUUGCGGAGAUUACCGACAAAGAUGAGCGUCGACGCUUAAAGUACGCCUACAACUGUGCAGACAUGGAGCAACCGGCGUUCCUGCAUGCCAACUCCGUGCUCAAGCAAUCGACACCAGAAUGGAUCAUCUAUCAGGAGGCUUAUGAGCUGCAGCAUGGCGAUGGUGGUAAAAUGUUUAUACGCGGCAUCACAGCCAUUGAGCCGGAGUGGCUGCUCAUCUAUGUGCCGCUGCUCUGCAACAUACGUGAGGUGCGUGAGGAUCCUGCGCCGCGCUAUGACUCCGCCUCUGGCAAGGUCUACUGUCAUGUUGAUGCCACAUUUGGCAAGGUCGCUUGGGAGCUGCCACUGGGCGAGAUCGAAAUGCCGCUCAGCGAAAAGUCAUGCUGCUACUUUGGAAUGUUUUUGUUGGAAGGCAGCGUCUGUCCGCAGCUAGCCGACUUCAAGCCCAAGCUCAAGUCCACGCCCGCCUCGCUCAUCAAAAGCUGGUCCAAUUUGAAUGACAAGGUGCUGCGUUUCAAACGAGCGCUGAUCACCAGGCACAUACACUCGCGUCAGACGCUUCUCGAUCAAUGGCAGAGCGAUCCAAACUUUUUGCUUGACGAGUAUCAGAAUCUGCUCUACGAUGUCGCACUCAGCGAGUUGGCGCCUAUUUGGCCGCCGAUUCAAUUGCCUGCAACCACAAACUGAACCGCAUACAUUUUUUUUUUUACCAUACACAGACUUAUCGCAGACCAUGUGUAUAAGCCAACUGUAAAUAAUCGCAAUAAAUGUUUGUUAACAUUAAUUUAUCAAAUGCCGUCGAGUGAUUUUUGCUUACUAAGUGUCUCUAUAUUUAACAGGUCUGUCUGAAAAAUUCCCUUUAAGUAUUUCCAAAAUUGGAAGCAGCUUAAUAAACUUUUAAAGUGGUCCGGAACAUCAACACCAUGCGCCAGUAAUCCGUACCCUAAAUAAUACGGACUAUGGCCAGAAAGGAACCCGAGGCCCUACUUUGAAUAUCGGUAGCUUGUUGUGGAUUUCUGUUCGUCUAACAUUUUCUUCAUUGAAUGUGAAAAGCGAAUGAACAGCAUUGAGGAAAUGUUUGGUCGAGCAUUCACAUUUGGCCAGA